AAUUGUAUAAAUUGAAAUCAAGAAAGUUGGUUCCAACUAUGUCUCUUGGUGGCGAAUGCGUUUCAAAGAAGGAUUUCUUUUACAAACUCUCUGAAAGUGGUUGCUAUUUGGAGUCUGAUCAUAUUGAUAUUCUCUUUGGAUAUUUGCGGAAGAAAUGUUCUAUAUUACGGAAUGGCUAUACUGUCCUUGGCAUCGCCUUUGACGCAUUUGUUCAAGCAACAUAUAAAUCUUUGUUGGAGGGCAAGGAAAUAGGGGAUUGGAUGUACCAUGACACUAUGUUUAAUAUAAUUCUAGGAGAGGAAGGAUAUUAUCCAAUCGCUUGGUGUGAUAAGAAGAACGUUAUUUUUGCUAUUCAUUUAAAGGUUGAUGGAAAGGAGCAAGAUCAUUUUAUUCUGGCGAGAAUGGACUUUGACCACCGUUGCUUCUACGUUUACAAUUCCUUAUCCUCUGAUUUCUACAAUUGUAUUGCUAUGUCAGUGGUGCGCGGUUAUGCAACAGUUUUGCCUUUUUUCCUAGACGAGGUUGGAUUUUAUGAACGGAAUGAUAUUGAUUUUAAUUCUGAAGCUUAUGUCGGUAAGGGGCGUACUGAACCUUUUCGUGUUGCUCUUGUUGUGAACAUGCCUCAACAAAGUAAAGGAGAUUGUGGAGUUUUCAUCACAACUUUUGCUGAAUAUCUUAUCGAAGGACGAGAUAUUAGUGCUGAUUUUGUGAAGAUUGAAAAUAUUGAUGUUUACCGGAGAAGAUAUGCUACAAAUUUAUACAUGUAUGGUUUGUGGAAGAAUAUUAGUGGUUAUGUGUCUGAGUAGUUCAUUUUAGAAUACU